ACAACAACGCUCAGCCAGCUCAAUCCAUCAAAAUGACCAAAAUAAUAGACGACAAAUCCCAAUACUGCAUCCCCUUCAUCCUCGACCGACUGUGUCUUCACGAAUCCAAACACAAAGGCAAACAUGAAAGCGAGAUACCCCCACUUUUCCUCGGCAUAAACGGCGUCCAAGGCGCGGGGAAGACAGUUUUGGUAGAAACCCUUAAAUACAACCUGAUAAACACCCAAAAAAUCCCCACUACAACCCUCUCCCUAGACGACAUCUACCUCACGCACACCGACCAGGUCGCUCUCUCAGCGAAUAACGCAGGAAACCCCCUACUUCAGCAUCGCGGACAGCCCUCCACACACGAUGUUGCUUUAGGGAGUGAAGUAUUUUGUUCUCUCCGUGAGGGGAGGGAGACGCGCAUUCCGGCGUAUGAUAAGUCUUUGUUCAACGGGGAGGGUGAUCGAUGUCCUGUUGAGGAGUGGGGGGUUGUCAAUUCCCCUUCCUCUUCUCUUCCUUCAGAGACUGAGGGAAAAGAAAAAAGACAAGGGAAGAUUAAGUUAGUCCUCUUCGAAGGAUGGUGUGUCGGGUUCCGGGCAUUAGAUAACGAUUCCCUUCGUGUGCUUUGGGAGGAAGCUGUUCGGAGACGCGAAUCUUCCUCUUCGUCUUCAUCAUCUACAGAGAAAUACACAGGAAGACUCGGAUAUGUCAAGUUUGAGGAUGUAAAGGUUAUCAAUGAUGCUUUGAAGGAGUAUGAUGUUCUCACUGAUGCUCUCGACGCUUUCAUUCAUAUGUAUGCACCUACAUACUCACUCCUCCGAAUACAUACUAAACAACUACACAGCGACGCGGAUGACCUCCACUAUGUCUACGAAUGGCGUCAGGAACAAGAACGCUCUCUCCGCAUCGCCAAAGGCUCAGGCAUGUCAGAGGAACAGGUCAACCAGUUUGUCGAUGGCUGUACGUCCCUGCACCUGCCCUGCAUCUGCUCCUCCUACUCUUACUGAUUCCAUUAGAUUAUCCCUCCUACGAACUCAACACCCGAACCCUCCGCGAGGGCGUGUUCAAACCCCCCCGAAACGCUACACAUCCCGAUUGGCAGGGUAGACAACUCCGUCUCGUCGUUGACAAGAGCAGGAGAGUCAAGAACGUCAUCAGGAUUUAAGAAAUCUGGAAUAACACGAAU